UUUUUUUAUAAUUCUCAUUCCACAAAGCUUCCUCAACAUUUCACAAUAUGACUUUCGCUCCUCCUAAACCUGUCAACAGCGUCCUGGACGCCAUUGGCAACACCCCAGUGGUGCGCCUCAACCAUGUUGUGCCAAAGGACGCCGCAGAGGUGUAUGUCAAGUUGGAAUUUUUCGGUCCAACAGGAAGCUACAAAGACCGCAUGGCUCUAUCGAUGGUAGAAGAGGCAGAACGACGUGGAGAUUUGAAACCGGGCAUGACAAUUGUUGAAGCCACCGGCGGCAGCACAGGAUCGUCGCUGGCUUUUGUCUGUGCCGCCAAGGGAUAUCGAUUCCUGGCUGUGUCUUCAAAUGCCUUUUCAGUUGAAAAGCUACGCACAAUGACCACGUUUGGAGCCGAACUCGAUAUUGUGCACAGCCCUACAGGAAAAGUCACUGGUGAUCUCAUUCCGUCAAUGGUGCGCCGUGCAGAGGAGCUGAGCAAAGCUGAAGGCCACUAUUACACCAACCAAUUCCGUAAUGCCGACGCUUUGGUUGGCUAUGGCAAGAUUGGAAAAGAACUCGUUGAACAACUCAGCGAUGGUAUUGAUGGAUUCUGUGGCGCUGUCGGCACUGCAGGCAUGUUCACUGGAGUAGCUAGCUCCCUGAGGUUGAAACAUCCCUCCGCGAAAACAGUAGUGCUGGAGCCUGCAGAAUCACCAAUGAUCACCAAGGGCGAAAAGGGAAGCCAUGGCGUUGAAGGUAUUGGCUCUGGACUUAUUCCGCCGCAUCUUGACAGUUCGUUGUACGAUGAGGCUCGUGCCAUUCCUGAGGCAGAAGCCCGUGCUAUGUGUCGCCGCCUUGCGAAAGAAGAAGGACUGCUGGUUGGAACUUCGUCUGGCUUAAAUAUUUUUGCUGCUAUACAACUGGCUAAGGAGCUGGGGCCUGGGAAGAAGGUAGUCACCGUUGCGGUCGAUACUGGCCUCAAGUAUCUCAACGGUUCACUCUUUGCGGAUGAGUAACAAUGAAAAUAUUGGAGCUCUUUAUUUAGAUGUUUAUAUUUGCAUAAACAAAACUAUAGCCUUAUUAUACAUAUCAUAUAUAAGGGGUUACUCG